GGAAAUCUUUUCCCAACAUCAAGAACUACUUAAGCAAGAAGUAGGCAGACGUCAAACUGCAGUGAGAAUGGAGACAUCAGUGGACGAGACAAUGGACCAGGUCACACAUUAUAAUCCACUAUUCGACAUGUCGCUGAGCAAGACGGAGCACUACAGCUUCCAGCACGAUGAUCUGAAACCAGCCCCCUCCAGAAGACAGUGGAGUUUUACUGUGAUAAUUAUCUUGGUCAUCUUACAGACAGCGCUCGAUGCCUUUCUCAUUUAUAAAGUUGUGUUGAGCCCAGCAUCACAGGGGGAAGCGCCUUAUCAUGACGCCCUCAGCAACAACGACCUCGACCUCAACCUUCUUGUCCAGAACAACAGCCAAGAAGCCAAGAGCCUGAAGAGCCACUUAUGGAUUUUGCAAAAUCAGGUCAAGAGCCUGUGUGGUGAGGAAGGCCAGCUGCAAAGAUUAAGGGGCGACCUGAACUUGCUCAAUACCAGCAACCACAACCUGGAAAACAAACUAACAAACAUUAAAAUCAAAACAGGCUUACCAGGUGUAAACGGAAUACCCGGACGACCAGGUCCGAAAGGAGAGAGAGGCCCAAAAGGUGACAGCGGGGUCCCUGGCCCUUCAGGCCUGAAGGGUGGAACGGGACUCAAAGGAGAACCAGGGGCUGCUGGUGCAGUUGGUCCCACAGGUUCAGCUGGGAAUCCAGGAGCACCAGGCAAUAAGGGGGACCCAGGAGCCCCAGGCCCUCGUGGAGAAAAAGGAGACUCUGGGGUGUCUGGAACAAAAGGGAUGCCUGGACUCCCUGGUAUGCCUGGAUUUAAAGGACAGAAAGGAGACCCUGGGAGCGCUGGUCCUCAGGGACCCCCAGGUCCAAGAGGACCUGUUGGAUUUAAUGGGACUGAGGGUCCACCUGGACCGCCAGGAGAAAAGGGCGAGUCAGGAAAACAGAUCAAAGUGCGUCUGGUGCCUGGACCAAACAGAGGACGAGUGGAAGUCAUGCACAAUAACGUCUGGGGCACCAUUUGUGACGACAGCUUUGGACCUUUAGAUGGGAGAGUGAUCUGUAAGAUGCUAGGGUUCCAGACUGUCGUUAACACCUUCGGUGCUUCCCCAGGUGCCGGUAAGAUCUGGUUGGAUGAGCUGCAAUGCACAGGAGCAGAGUCGGACAUCUUUGACUGUCCACACAAUGAAGUUGGUGCUCACAACUGUAAUCAUGAUGAGGAUGUGGGAGUACUCUGUACAUAGAGGCACAAGAGAGAUUAAACUGUGCAAAAGUUAACUUUGUAGUCUUUAUGUUAGACUGAAAUGUAUCACAUUAUUUCAUGGUUUUCUUUCCAGUCGUAUCGCUUGAGUUAUACACUAUCAGACCAUAACUUUAGAGACACCAUCUUCUCGGAGUAGGUCCCACAUUAUGCAUAAACAAUCUGACCCUUAACUUAAUCUUUUUGGGUGUAUUUAGCAUUGAACAUUACACAGAUUAUGCUUUUUUUGCCUUCAAAACUUGUUUUUUUUUAUAACGUUUGACAACAAUAAUUAAAACUUCUCAAUGUUUGCUAUUGUCUAGUUAAAUGUUUUUACAUCAGGCCACAUGGCUGCUGCAUGAAUAAAUCGACGUGUUACUCUAA